AUGGAGAAAGCAUUUGAUAGGAUGAAUCACAAACUAUUAAUUAGUAAACUUAAAUCUUAUGGGUUUGCUGAACCACUUAUUUCGUGGUUUCAUUCAUUUAUCACAGGCCGUACUCAGGUUAUCAAAUAUGGUAACCAUCUAUCUGAAAAAAUUAACGUUACAUCAGGAGUUCCUCAAGGAGACCACUUAUCUCCGAUAUUAUUCUGUCUUUUUAUAAACGAUAUAUCAAAAGUAGUUUCAUAUUCAAAAAUCUUACUGUUUGCCGAUGAUGCAAAGAUAUUUAAAGAAAUUAGAACCAUGGAUGAUGCUAUUAAACUCCAGUUUGAUUUAGAUAAUAUCUUUAUGUGGUGUCGAAAUAAUGAUUUAUGCUUAAAUUUGAAAAAAUGCUCUACUAUUACUUUUUCUAUGAAAAAGACGACAAUUAUACUCAAUUAUUCUUUAGCAGAUAUUAGUUUAUCAAGAGUAUCUAUAGUAAAUAUAUAUCGCUUUUUUUUCCUCACUACCCUGCGUAAAGAAGUAUAA